AUGUUAUCCCACGGAAAGCCACUUGCUCAUGCGUCAUAUGCUUGCAGCGGCAGGUUAACAACGGCAAAAGUGUUCCCGCGAACAGUUCGCACCCAGGCGGACCCAGACCAUCGUCGCUCUUCAAAUCCUCAAGACGCCAGUACCGGUCACUUCGGCAAAGUCAAGCCGCCUGCUGCUGCCGAGGACGGCGCCAAAGGCGUCGCCUACUACAGCGGCCUGGUGAACAACGACCUCCGGCAAGACAACCGCGCAUCCCCCGCGGACAUGCUGGUACGUAACCUUCAACUGGCUGCUGACGAGAGCGUCCCUCUACCUGCUCUGUGA